UAAACACGUGGCUCCAGUAGCUACAAGCGGAUUAAUACAACUCGUUUUAUUCUGUUUGUUUGCUUGUUGAUCUUCUAGAUCCGUCAUGCAGCUUUGUGGAGUUUGUAGCGAACAUGUUCCUAAAUACAGAUGUCCGGCCUGCAGAAUCAGAUAUUGUUCAGUGAGUUGCUUUAAAAGACACAAAGAUGAUGAUGCAUGCCAUCCAGUUAAAGAAUCAGAUUCAGCCUCCAGCAGCUCAACACCAGCGAGCAGCGCUGAACAGCCGUGGACUGUCGAGGAUCGUUUUGAUGAAGACAUUCAGACUGACAAAGUGCCGUUACAGAAACUUCAGCAGCUGGCUGAUUCAGAGGCACUGAAGGGUCUGCUGAGGAAUCCUCAUCUCCGCCGGUUAAUGAUGUCCGUGGACUCGGCUGAAGAUAAAGCCAAAGCCACGAAAGACGCCAUGCAGGAGCCGCUGUUCGUGGAGUUUGCUGAUCAGUGCUUAAAAAUUAUUGAACCGACAGAAGCAGAGAAUGACGAUGAUGGCUUCUGAUUGGACCGAACUGUCACAUAACGGACCGAUUCCUAACACAAGUGCAUCAAGUUUUCACACAAAUGUUAAUACAGUCAUGUACAAUUUUGUACUAAACCAAGGCCUUUUGAAUGCCAACAAUGUCUUAAAGGAAUAGUUCACCCAAAAAUUAAAAUGUACCCCACCUCAAGCCAUACAAUGAUGUAAAUGAGUUUGUUUCUUCAUCAGAUUUGGAGAAAUGUAGCAUUGCAUCACUUGCUCACUGGUGGAUCCUCUGCAGUGAAUGGGUGCCGUCAGAAUGAGAGUCUGGUGAAAAA